GAAAUGAAGCCAUUCAAAGUUGUUUCUGGUCGAUGCAGAAGGCGCAAGUCAAAGUCUGCAAAGGUUGAAGUCAAGCAAGAGCUGGUGAUUAAAGAAGAGCCCAAUGACGGUGACGAUGUCAUGAACAUACCACGGCCGACAGUUGAUGGAAGAUAUCGUGUGAAAUACGAAGGGCCGAUUGACUUUGCCCGUGACUUCGAUCAGAUUAAAGAUGAAAUCAAAUGUGAAGAAGAAGAGACGAGCAAAGAAAAGGACUCGACACCAUGUGAACGAUCGAAUGACAACGACGCCAACUAUGAUGACAACGAAGACCCCAUGGAUGACGCAAUCGAUGUUCAACAGCCGGAAUCAGUUGGCAGCGGGAAGAAACGGAAUGAAGGCGCCAAAAGACGAAACAAACGAACAAUUCCCGGGAAUCAAGCGACCAAAAAGCAAAAGAAGCACAAAUGCCAUGUGUGCAAUCAUUUGAUUUAUUUAAAUCAGCAUUUGUCAUCAACACACAGCGACCAGUUCCUAUUCCAAUGCUCCAAGUGCUUUGGAGGAUACGCAACCGAAGGUGUAAAAGAUCUUCAUGAAGAUAGCUGUGGCCACCGUCAGUAUCAAUGCCAUUUGUGCAAAGAAUAUGGUCGAGACAAACAAGAUUUGAAGAUUCACAUGCGAAAAGAUACACCGGAGAGCGGAUUCGAUGCAAAGUUUGUGCGGCAAGCUUUACCAAGAAAAGAAAUGAACCCAUUUAAAGGUGUUUCUGGUAGACGCUGCAAGCGUAAACCAAAGUCCGAAAUGAUUGAAGUCAAGCAAGAGCCUGGUAUUAAGGAAGAGCCGCGUGAUGAUGGCGUCAUGAAUAUACCACAGCCUCGAAUUGAUGGAAGAUAUCGUGUGAAUUACGAAGGAUCGGUCGACUUUGGCGAUGACUUCGAUCAGAUUAAAGAUGAAAUCAAAUGCGAAAAUAAAGAGGCGGGCAAAGAAAAGGACUCGACACCAUGUGAACGAUUGAAUGAUGGCGCGGCCAACGCUGAUGACAACGAACUAUCCAUGGGUGAUGCAAUCGACAUUCAACCUCCGCAUCCAGUCGACAACGAAAAGACAAGGAAUGGAAGCUCCAAACGACGAGACAAACGAUCGAUUUCCAGGAAUCAAGUGGCCAAAAAGCAAAAGAAGCACAAAUGCCAUGUGUGCAAUUAUUUGGCAAAUGACAACUAUGCACUCAAACUACAUUUGCGAAUUCACACUGGAGAAAAGCCGUAUCAGUGUGACGUUUGUUCGAAAUCCUUUGCACGCAAAAGUCAUCUAAAUCGUCAUAAGAAAACGCAUGGCCCAAAGCCUCAGUUCCGUUGUUCGAAAUGUAAUCAAGGAUUUGAUCAAGAAUCAGACAAGAUCGAUCAUGAAAGGUUCUGUAGUCCUCAGCAAUUCGAAUGCGACACUUGCGGAUAUAGAACAAUCAACAAAUCAGAUUUGACAAAGCAUAUGCGGAACACACCGGGGAAAAGCCGUUCGAGUGCUCAAUCUGUUUCAAGUCGUAUACAAGCAACGCUUAUCUUCAAAAACAUUCAAUGGCGCACAAAGAAGAACUCCCGAAUGCUUGUUCGAAAUGUGGUCGACGAUUCGCCACUCCAGACGAUAAGCAAUCACACGAAACGCGCUGCCAACGAAGUCCAUUUGCAUAUUCAUUUAAAUCAGCAUUUGUCAUCAGCACAUGGUGAUCAGUUCCCAUUCCAAUGCUCCAAGUGCUUCGGAGGAUACGCAGGCGAAGAUGCAAAAGAAGCUCAUGAAGACAGCUGUGGCUACCGUCAGUAUCAAUGUCAUUUAUGCAAAGAGCAUCGUAGUAACAAACAAUGUUCGAAUAUUCACAUGCGAAAAGAUCACACCGGAGAGCGGAUUCGAUGCAAAGUGUGUGCAGCCAGUUUUGCCA